UUGUAUUAAACUCACAAAAGGCUAAGCCGAAGUCUCUCUACUUUCAUCAUCGUCGCCGAUUUGCCACUGACCUUGUUAUACGGGGAGAAGCAAAUCCGCAUCUGUUCAUCUCCGUUGAACUUUAGGAAUAAGAAGAAGAAGAAGAUGAGUAACACAGCAGCAGCGGCGGCGGCGUCAUCGUCUAAAUCGAAAGCUGCCGGAAGUUCUCAGGCGCCGGAAAAGCGCAAACCCCUCUUCCAAAAAGAAUUGCAGCAUAUGAUGUAUGGAUUUGGCGAUGAGCAGAACCCUCUCCCUGAGACUGUUGCCCUUGUUGAAGAUAUUGUCGUCGAAUACGUCACUGAUUUGACACAUAAGGCUCAAGAGAUUGGCACAAAGCGAGGAAGGCUACUGGUUGAUGACUUCUUGUAUCUUAUCCGCAAGGAUUUGCCAAAACUUAACAGGUGUAGGGAACUAUUGGCAAUGCAAGAAGAGCUGAAACAAGCGCGUAAAGCUUUUGAUGUUGACGAAGACAAGAUCACUUCCCUCGAUUGAUUGAUUCAUCCUUCUUUCAUAUCCAGUUAGCUUGUCUUUUUUUGGGUAAAAUCUUCCGGGUGGUGUAGCUUUUGAACUCAAGACUGUAAAAAACACAGUAAAACUGAAAUUUACCCGACUAGUACAUGUUGUCCGGAUAACGAAAUUGCGGUAACUUGUUUUGUAAA